CAUUCGCAAUGGCAGCCGCCAAGGAGGUGCAAGAGGCUGCUGCUACGGGUGCUGGGGAAGGGGCCACGGUGACUCUGGUGGCCGGGGACACGCGGCUGGAGGCGCACAGGGCCGUCCUGGCAGGCGGGAGCCCCGUGUUCGCCGCCAUGCUCUGCCAGGACACGCCGGAGGCCAGCAGCAGUGUGGUCACAGUCCCCAGCGUGGAGGGCCCGGUGCUGCACCAGCUGCUGGCCUACAUGUACUCCCUCCGUGCUCCCGAGGUGCCCCGCAUGGCCCCAGAACUCCUGGCAGCUGCAGACAGGUACGGCGUGUGGGGGCUGAAGGUCCAGUGUGAGGAGCAGCUGGCCAGUCAGCUGUCAGCAGAGAACGCGGCGCGCACAGCGGUGCUGGCAGUGAGGCACUCCUGUCCCAGCCUCGCAGAGGUCGCUGUCGCCUUCAUAAAAGCCAACUCGCUGGUGUUUGCCACAGCGGGUUGGGCCGAUGCGGUCCUCAACCACCCUGAUGAGGUGGUCAAAGUGAGUCAGUUGCUCGGUGGGCCACUAACAGAAACCAGGAGCCUUCCUGGAAAGAAGAUUAGCCGAGGACUGAUCCAGGCAGCUAAGGAGGGGGCGGUGGAGGAGCUCAGGGUGCUUCUUGCGACAGGGGCGAAAGUGGGGGCGAGGGACGAGGACAUGUGAACUGCUCUGCACUGGGCAGCUGAGAGGGGACAACUGGAAGCAGUAACAUGUCUGUUGGAAGGUGGAGCAGAGGUGGAUGUCGGGGACAGCAGGCAGAACACGCCGCUGCAC